AUGAUGAUCAAGCAAUUAUUUGUAUCCUUAUUCCUGUUGUUCAGCUACGCAGUGGCCAGUAAUAAGUUCUUUCUGACAUUUUCAGACUCUGAGUUGAACACAGACUCACUAAGUGUAGCGGCUAGUGAAUCUAAUACGCCCUUGCUUAUUAUCAAGGUUUUAAACAUAGAUGUUCUCCGCAACUUAUUUACUAGUUUGAAGAAUGAAGAAGUUGGCAAGUACACUUUCUGGAGGUUAAUUGAAGAAGACAUUGGUCAGGUUGAUUCUUAUGUUAUUGAUAGUAACUACGAUCAGGUGAAAAGUGAAGCCAAUAAAUAUACUUUGGAAUUUCAAGAAAACUUGGAUAACUAUGAAAAGGUAAGUGAAAUUAUCCAGCAAAAUAUACUGAACCUUGAAACCAAAUCCCAAACUUUACCAUUAUUAGCUUUAGAGCUAACUAGUGAUAACAAGAAGGUUAGAAGAGAUAGAAUCAUAGAUGAGAUCGAAGAAAUUCUAGAGGAGUAUGACAUCUUGGACUUCUUCGAUGACAAUGAAUCAGACGACAAGAAUAACGAAGGUAAAACCCCAUCAGAAGAAAGCAGAAUCUGGACCGAAGGCUUACUUAUGUGUUUAAUAGUAUCUGGUAUUCUAUUAAUCAUCUUGAUAAUCUCCUUGUCGUGGUUAUCCGAUCUUUCCAUCAGUUACGGUGCUUUAGAAAGACCAAACAACAUGGCAAAGAAAACCAAUUAG